UUAAUGCUUAACAGUCAAAAUGCCAGUCUAACAGAGAGCGUGAGUGAGUCAGGACCCGGGUGAGGAGCAUUGAGGCAAGAGAACAUACAGUACUUGAAGAACGCAUCUGGAUCCCACUCAUAUCACCCCAACUCCCCACUCUCUCUCUCUCUCUCUCUUUCUUUCUCUUCCUGCCGCUUACCAUUCUUUUUGUUUUGUUUGUAUUAGCUUCAAAUGAGAGAGAAAGCAAUCUCCACUUGCUGAGACUUGAUAGCGAGAGAGACAGAGAGAGCUGAAAUUGAUAGCUCCAAAGCCCUAAGCUUUGUCUGCCCAAAAUAGCUCUAGAACCCAAAAAACAAAGCAGCAACAGAGAAGCAAUUGUUAGUGCCUCAGCUACUGCUACUGCUACUGCUGCUGCUCCUCCCUGUGCUCUGCUCACUGGCUUGAAUGAAAGAAGGCGGUGGUUUGGCUUAAGGCGCUAAUUCAGAGACACAAAAAACACCAACAAUAGACUUCACUUUGAUCCCUUUCUCUUCUUCUUUCGCAAAUCUUUGUCUUAAAAAAAAAGAGAAAGAUCAACGAGACAACGACCUUAAAAUCCCAGUCUUUCUCUCUUUAAUGGGUAAAGCCCGUACUCUCCUACCCAAAAACUGUUUUCUCAAAUUUAGUUACUAAAAACGUUCAAAGGGAAGUAACUAGUAAAAACUAGGAAGGAAGCUCUCUCUAUCUAUAAAGGAAAAGGAAAAAGAAAAAAAAAAGAAAAAGGGUUGUUGCUCUUUCUCCUUUGGCGUCUGCAACUUUUGCUGAUGUUUGCUUUAUAAAGAAAUUCAACCACCAUAUUUUCUUCUUUUUCUUCCUUUUAAAUCUCCACACGGGAAUACUCUUUUUGAUUCUCUUUUUUCCUUUCUGUUCUAUAAAUUAAUUUUCUUUACAUUUCCGCACUAUGGGGCUUCUAUUCUUUUGCAGGAAUCAGAGAAAGAGGGAAGGAUAGAGACACUGACUGCUGCUAACUGGUCCCAAGUUGGUAGGUAGAGCUUGUGGUUGAGAAAGAAGCUUUACUUACACAUACCUUACUCAAAACAUUCCAUUACUCACUCUCUCAAAAUUAAACAAGAAAAGUGAAGUAUACAGCAACUAAACAAUAUUUGGAGAGCGUUCGGGGUUGGUGUGCUUUCAAUUAUGGAUGGCUAUGAAGCAACAAGAAUUGUGUUCUCAAGAAUCCAAGAGUCAGAGCCAGAAAAUGCUUCCAGAAUCAUGGGUCUACUGCUCAUUCAAGAUCAUGGCGAGAAGGAGAUGAUUCGUUUAGCCUUUGGUCCCAAAGCUUUACUUCACUCAGUGAUUCUCAAGGCAAAAAAGGAGCUCCGCGUUCCCACUAACUCUCCUUCUACACCUUCAACAACAUCAUCUCCUUCUCCUUUUCUUGCAGACAACCCAAAUACUGUUACUAUUUCAAGACAAAGCUCAUAUGCUUCCAGGCUUCUAGGGAACGCUGGAGUCAAUCUUCCAUCUUCUCUCUCGAUCCCUACAAAACCUUCCAUUUCUUCUGGUAGUUCUUCUUGGAGUGCUUUAUCUGAGCUUCCAAACCCGGAUGAGUUGAUCAGUCCAUGCAGUGGGUCUAUAAAUCCUUCUUCUUUACCUUUCUAUGGAAAUGGAGAAGGUAUUGAUAUGAUUGAUGAGUUUCAACUUCAAGACCAGCUAUCUUUCCUCAAUGAAAGCUCACCGCAGCUUAACCCCAAAAACAAUGAUUUGUUCUACCCGCAAGCAGCUGACAUGUCCUCGAGUUCAGUUGCAGCUGCUUGCGGUAGCACUGACGCCAUGGGUUUCCCCUCAUAUUGGGGAAGUUCCUUUCACAGGAGUAGCUCUGCGAGCGAUAUUUUAGGAGCUGAUGACCCGGUUUCAGGGUUUGGGUGGAGACCCUGCUUGUAUUUUGCUAGAGGGUACUGUAAAAAUGGGAAUAAUUGCAGAUUUAUUCAUGGAGCGCUUGGGGAGUCUGGUUCAAUGGUUGUCGGUGCAGAAGGUGCCACCAUGGUUGGGUCCCCUAACAAGAUUGAGAUGAUGGACCAGUGCCAUGAGUUACUUAGAUCUAAAUCCGCUCAACAACAAAGGUUGGCUGCUGCUUCUCAGUUCCUGGGUUCUGCUUCUUUUCCUUACUCCCCAAAGUGCAUGAAUUUCUUUCUUCAACAGCAACAAAAUGAUACUCAGAGGGCUGCAGCUGCUGCUACUUUGAUGAUGGGUGAUGAUAUGAACAAGUUUAACCGUUCCAAGCUUGAAAGGAACGGUUUUUCAAUAAACGGUGAAGCAGGAAUGGUUAACCCGGCAUCAAGACAGAUCUACUUGACUUUCCCAGCUGAUAGCACUUUCAGAGAGGAGGACGUGUCAAAUUAUUUCAGUAUUUAUGGACCCGUUCAAGAUGUGAGGAUACCAUAUCAGCAGAAGAGAAUGUUUGGAUUUGUUACUUUUGUUUAUCCUGAGACCGUGAAGAUCAUUCUGGCUAAAGGGAAUCCUCAUUUUGUUUGCGACGCCCGGGUUCUGGUGAAGCCUUACAAGGAGAAAGGAAAAGUCCUAGACAAGUACAGGAAGCAGCAGCAGCAGCAGCAACAAGUGGAAAGAGGAGAGUACUCUCCUUGUGUUACCCCAACUGGCCUUGAUUCUAGAGACCCAUUUGACCAUGGAGCAAGGAUGUUUUACAAUACACGGGACAUGUUAUGGAGGGGUAAGCUGGAGGAGCAAGCUGAUCUGCGACAAGCUUUUGAGCUUCAGAAUAGAAGGUUGAUGAGUCUGCAACUCCUUGAUGUCAAGAAGCAUCACCAUCACAUGGCCCUUUCUAGUGGCAGUCCCAUUCCAUCACCUACUCACUCACCAAGCCUGUUCAGCCAGUCUCUUGUACUUCCUCAAUUUCACAGCAGUCAAGAAGCUCCACAAGAGAAUUGUUCUAGCCCUGUGCCGGCUAUGUCUGUCUUUACUCCUGAGAAACAAGCAGCCAGUACUGCUACUGCAUUCGGUAAAGAAUCGGCCAGUACUGAAGAUAAUGGUAGUGGUGAGGAGAGCCUUCAUUGUGAAGAUGGUGAUCUGCCAGUAAGUUUGGAGCACAACCUUCCUGAUAGUCCUUUUGCAUCUCCUACAAAAACUUCUGGAGAGUACUUGUCAGUUAUCUCCAAUUCUGAAGUAAAUAAGGAUGCUUCAGUCUUGGCUUCUGUUAACAAUAAUUGGGUUUCUUCAACUUUACUUCCUGCAAAUAAUGCAUUAGACAUGGCAUCCUUCAACUCCUUCAACUGCCAAAUGCGCAGGUUCUCGUCUGGACAUGGGACCAUUGGUAUGUGUGCGGGCACUGGCGGCCCGACUUGCCCUGUUGGAAUUUAGCUUCUAUGCGUAGGAAGACUGAAAGUACAGCCAAACAAAAAAAAAAUUCACAUCAUAGAUCUGUGGAGAA